AAUUAGAUAAGAUAAUAAUGUCGGGGUAGUUAGUUCCAAGCUGGGAUUUUCUCGUCAAUUCGUCACUUCAUUUGGUAGAUUUUCAGUGAUUUUAUAAUUAAGUUGACGCUUAUCAAGCCAAAAUGUCGGGCGCAGCCGCCAACGUAACAUUAAUCAAGGAUUUGAAACCCGGAAUGAACAACUUAACUCUACAAGUGAUUAGUUUGGAUAUUGGUAGACCAAACACUGUAAAGGAUAACCAAGAAGUCCGGACUGUAAAGAUUGCUGACAGAACAGGGAUGGUUAAUCUCUCCCUGUGGAAUGAACCAGGUAAAAUACUUCAAUCCGGAGAUAUACUCCGUGUUACUCGAGCAUACACAGGUAUGUUCAAGGCAUGCCUAACUGUAUACACAACUAAGGUUGGAGACUUUUUCAAGAUAGGAGAAUUCUGUAUGCUCUUCAGUGAACUGCCAAAUAUGAGUGAACCUAACCCGGAAUUGGCCGCGCAGUAUGAAAAGGAAGAAAGUGAGAGAAAGGCUCUGAAAGCUGCUUAUCGGGACGGUCAACCAGGACCUGGAGGAAAAGGACAGUUCCGCUCUCAGUCUUCUUCCUCUGGGAGUAUUGGGAAUAAGACCUGGGGCACUCAGGCGUCUGCUCCCGCCCAGCCUUCUAGGGGAGGCACAUCCUCCUCCCAGGGUAGUGGGGGUAGAGGUCAACAUAGAGGAACUAACAAGGAGAAGAGAUAAACACUAAGUUGAGCAUUAAAAUACGAUAUCUUUAUUUACAUACUUUGUUUACUACUGCAUUUAAAGAGUAUUAACAGAACCCUCUGCACUAAUCAGUGUAGUGCAAAAAUUAAUUUGAUAAUCGUAAUAAUGUAAUUCUUAUUUCAUUAAUUCAAUCAAUUUAUUUUUCAACGAUUUUAUGGAUGAUUUAGCCAAAUUGUGAACUUUUUUAGAUUAAACAUAAAUAACUUUUUUUCAUAUUCCAGAAAAAA